AUGAGUAGAUCAUUUUCUUGCUCUGACCCUAAAUUCAAUUUGUUUAAUGGGGGUUUAGGAUGCUCAAUAAAUGGAUGCGGUCAAUACAACAAGUGCCUCACAAUUCUAAAUGAAAAAUUUAUUGAGACAACUGGGUGUUGCCGUGUGAAAAUUUUAGAGCCAAACUUCGUGACUGUCUUCGUGUAUAUGUUGAUUGUGCCAGUUAUAGGGAUAGCAAGUUUGGGAGCUUUAGGAGGUAUUUACAUUUUAUAAUUUGUUUAGGAGGAAUAGUAAAGCGACCAUUUCUCUAAGCAAUUCUGAAUUUUGAUGCAAGCAUAGCUGGAGACAUUACAGCGUGCUUAAUGAUUAGUGCUCAAAUAGUGAAUAUGGUGUUCAUAUUUCUCUAAAAGUAAUAAUGCAGAUUAAGAACAAUAGUCAUCCUGAUGUGCCAGAACGACCAGUCAUUAAUUAUGACAUAGCUAUUAUUUACACUUUAGCCAUUCCAGUCAGUUUGUGUUUAGGUAGUGAUUUAGCGAACUUUCUACCGUUACUACCUUUACUCUCAUUUCAAAUACUAUUCUUCUUAGCAAUAUCCCCUGUUUUAAUUUAUUAUGCUAGAAGGCAGAAUGAAUUAGAAGAUAUAAAGGAUCAAAACAGUGAUGUAGUAAAGGAAUCAGCACUUCUUACUAUGUCUUAAUAGUAGAUUUAAAAUAAUAAUGAAUAUACUGAAAAUUAAGCUAGGCUAUACAAAUAGCUUUAUGCUGAACAAUGUCAAAGGUUUCCCCUUGUACCAAUUUUGAUAACUUUGGGAAAUUUUGCAAUCAAUGAAGUAUUAAUUACUAUUAAUUAUUCUUAGCUAUUAUUACUAUUAAAAUCUUCUCCAUAUCAAUAUUCCCCAUAUUUCUUUCCAGAAGGAGAUAUAAAUAAUCAAAAUAAAGAUAAAGGUCCUUGUGAACCUUGGAAUUUUUAUAUGGUUCUUUUAUUAACUGGAGUAAACUUUAUGAUAACAGGUUCAGUUUACUUUUUUAUGAGAAAAAAGGAAUUGUUAAAAAAUACAGUGAAUUUCUAUCCUCAUGAACGCUUUUUCACUCCUCCAAGGAGAUUCUUUUUUGUGUAUGCAGCAGGAUUUUUAACAGGACUUGUUGCUGGAUUUGUAGGAAUGGCAGCUGGAUUAACAAUGGUUGUAACUAUGGUUCGAUUUAAAUUGAUUGCCGCAGUUGCAGGAGCAACAGCCAACUAUUGUUAUUUCUUAAUUUGCAUUUAAGUGUUUACUAGUUUCUUGGUUGGUACUUCUUAGAGUUAAGGUUUGCCUGUGGGAGAACAAUUCUUUUUUUACGCCUUAGGAGUAAUUAAUUUAUAAAGAUAUUAUAGAUUUUAGCUGUGCUGACAUUCACAAAUUUUGGUUAUAGAUUAUUAUAGAAAUAUAAUAUUGGCCACAUCAUUUUUUAUAUUGACUUCGGAAUAGUUAUUUUGAACAUUAUGGGAAACAUAGCUUGGGGAAUUGAGAAUGGUUAUCGGGAUGGUUUUCAUUCAUUGGAGCAACAGCCUUCAACAUGCGGAAAUUUUGUCCUCGAUAACUGA